CACUUACCUAAUAUACAAUUUAUAUGUAUUAAAUGAAAAUUGUUUGAAUAGUGUUGCGCGGCUGUGAUUUUUAAGUACAGAUAUAGCGAAGAGACAGAAUUGUUUUAUUUAAAUGGGGAAAUGCAAAGAGCGAGAACCUGAGAUAUGCAUUGGAAGCUAUUGCAUUGGUAUAUACCGAAAGAAAUCAACAAAAUCAGCCUCGAAUUGGAUUAUGUAUAUUUUCUUGUUGCUCGUGAUUGCCUUGGGAGUGUUCCUACUUAUUAAUUUUGCUCCGGAAAUUAUGAACUUCUUUGGAAACCUCUUCGCUGGAAAAUCGUCAAGAAGAGGUAAUAAAAAUAGAAACAAGGAUUCUAAAGGAAAUAGAAGAGAUAAAAACAAAAACAAAAAUACAGACAGUGAUGAUGAUGACGAAGUCAAAUCGUCAAACAGUGGAAAAAGCGGUUCAAAAAAGAAACGCAAAGAUAAGGAAAAUAAAUCUGAAUCAUCAGCAAAUCCCACGGAUAAUGAAAUUGCAUCGAAGACGUCCUCAAAACAAAAUAAAACUGACAAAUUAAAAUCGGAGAAACCUGCAAGUUCAGAUGACGAGGAUGGAAACGGCUGAAUUUUUGAUAUAAUACAA